UAUCCUACAAACUAACUACUUCACCUCAUCAAACCAGGAACCAUGUACUUUCUUGCAGUUUUUUCAACUCACAUCCUCUUCCUCCUCUUCCUUCUCUCUGUCUGUGUUCACUAUAUUUUAAUUUCCAAGUUUAAUUUUCAGUCUGUCAUGAGGAAUUACAUCAUUAUAAUCACUACCCAUUUGGUAUUGGGAUUGAAUUUUUUGCUUCCGAGCUUCGAUUUUUCUUAUGAUCUGAAAGAGAAUGACGAAGAAAUUAGCAGCAUAAGCCAUUAUAAGAGCAAGGAUGAGUCCGGGGAAGCGGUGGAGUGUGCAGUGUGUCUGUGUAAACUUGAAGAAGGCGAUGAGAUUAGAGAGCUGCAAUGUGAUCAUCUUUUUCAUAAAGUCUGCUUAGACAGAUGGAUUGGAUACCGGAAUUCAACAUGUCCGUUGUGCCGGGGUUCUUUAAUACAGCCCGGACGAGUGGCUGAGCUCGUAGAGGAAGUGAAAUUGCUUAUCAAGUUCAGUUCUUUCCAGUCGAGUGACCGGAAUUCAUGGUGGCUUCGGUGAACCUUAGUUUGCAGCCCAACAUAAGAGAAGACUUGUGUAUUUAUAGACACAAAAUUACUG